AUGAGCAACGGACAUCUAACAGACGAUGAGUUAGAUGAUUCUCGCUCAUCAAGUAGUGAUGCUACUGAAGAUUUAGUAUUAUCGCUGAAUAAAAUCAGAAAAGUCGAAUUAGAUUUGGUCAAGAUAUUAUAUGGAAGAGAAAGAGCAUCUACUUACAUAAAAAUUACAAAUAAUAUAGAAGGUGUCGAAUUUACUGAUCAAUUUGGCCAAGAAAAUACUACUGGAAAAGUUUCAGAUACAUUAACGGAUUCUGUUGAUACAUUAACCUUCACAGGAACCGACACAUCAAGCACACCAAUAACAGUUGUAAAUAUAACUUCGAAUAAUCAACAAACAGAGCCAACUUGUUGUGAUUUUUGUUGUGCUCGUCAAAAAAUUUAUCCGACACGUUCGUUACCAUAUUCUAAUUACUCAAUUGCACUGAAAUCACUAGAUUUAUUACCACUAAAAGAGAAAAAAGACCAAAAGAAGAUCACUCUAAUUCUAGAUAUUGAUGAAACUCUAAUUCAUAGUACUUUUGUUUCUGAUCCUCACGCAGAUUUCCAUUUUUACAUGUCGAAUGAUGAUAUUACCUAUGAUAUAUAUGUUUCUGUCCGACCUGGUUUGAAGCAAUUCUUGAAAACAACUGCAAAAUAUUUUGAAUUAGUUGCUUUUACCACAGCAAGGCAGAAUUAUGCAGAUUACAUAUUAGAUCGGAUAGAUCCAGAUCAUUAUAUUAAGUAUAGACUGUAUAGAGAGUCUUGUAUUAUAUAUAAUGGUACGUUUGUAAAAGAUUUAGCAAAACUUGGAAGAGAUCUUCGAAAAGUAAUCAUAGUUGAUAAUUCACCUGCAUGUUAUAUGCUUCAGCCUUAUAAUGGACUAGCAAUUCAAGAUUUUAAUGGAAACCCAGAAGAUAAUGAAUUAGAACAUGUUUCAGACUUCCUUGUUAAAAACUACAAAUGCGACAACGUUAUGGAGUUAUUUGCUCAAUAA